AUGGAGAACGUGAUACCCGACGACUCGCCGCUGGCCGAGUUCCUUGAAGGCAAAGGCCGCGGAGGCUCUCGUCCAUCGUCACCAACGCUCUCCCACUCCUCCGACUCCCCCAGCUUCGCCCCUCGAGGCCCCUCCACCCUGCAAACGCGGAUUAGAGACAAGUUGCCACAGCCACUGCGGAUCCACGAGCGCCAUGGCUCUAUUGCGCGCAUUCAUACGGCAUGUUCGAAGGCAGUAAACUCGCGGCUUGGGCGCGCAGAUAACGAGCGCUUCCUCGAACAUUUUCGCUAUCUUGUAGUCGCCUCGCAGCUCUUGGGCGAGCAGGGCAGCUUGCGCACCUCAUCUAUUCCCAGCUUCGCAGCCCACGGACGUGCGGGCCCGCAAGAGUUCAAGGCCGCAACCAUAAGCCCUGCUGGCGCAGCUCUCACAGGAUCGACCGCCUUCAUUCUGGUAUGGCUGGUGCAUUGGUCGCGCCGCCAGGCCCGAUUCAGCAAGGGAAGAGCCACGCUGGUGGUGAUGGCAUUCGCGGUUGUUGCGACCGCCGUCUACACCUACAUGCGGCGCCAGUGGCUGCAGUAUUUACGCCAGGAAGCGGUGGAAGGCGCAUCUGCUCUGGUCACAAAUCUACAGGCAUUUGAGGCCUCAACUUCGUCGGCGCUUGCGCUGAUACAAGAGGUGGAGCUGGUAUCACGGGGCUACCGACUUUGCCCCUUACCUCCCAUCUCAAGGAUGGAAGAGAGAGGGCAAUCCAGGCGCUGCCAGCGGCUGCGACGUAAUCUCCAAGCAGCUUUCGCCGAGGUCAUACCCAUUCUCGCUGAGCAAUGUGGUAUUCUGAAACAACUCAUACAAGAGGACGAUCUGGAAAAGUAUCUCGAUGUCUACGAAAUCAGCAACCCUGAUUUGCAAGAAGCGGCGCAGGGUUAUUCUGCAUCUGAAUUUGACGACGCCGAAACCCUCAAAGCGCUGCGAACCCUGCAAUACCGCCUGUCUACCCUGCGAAGAGUCUAUCUCUGCUCACUCUUAGCUCUUGAAGCAGACGGUGGGAAGCCGGAUUUCUCUCGAUGGUCAAGUGUUGUAGAGUCGAUGCUGAGCCUAGCUCGACCGGUCGGUCAGUGGAGCGAGAAAUUCAACCGUGUACUGAGUGAGGAAGAGCAGUUCAUACUACCUUCACCCAACAAAAUAGCACCAACACCAGGCCGAGAGAAGAUUCGCAACUCAGUCCGCAAACUAUCAGGACUAUCACAGGGCAUUCGGGGGCUGCAAGCUAAAAUGCAAGUGCUGAGAGAAGAAACAAAUCGCAGUUUGGAAGACACAGAAGAUGUCACAGAGCUUGGUCAUCACCUCAUGGCACAAUACGACUCCAUCGGCGCUGAUCUAAAGAGCCUGAUGCAAGCUUGGGAGGUUGGUAAGAACGCUCUUGCACUUAACAUUGAUAGACAAGAACGGCGCAUCUCCUUGGCCUCAUCAAGUGGUUUGCGCUCCCCUGUCCCAAGCUUGGGCGGCUUAACGGCCGUUGAUGAAGGCAGUCCAUCCGAUGCGCUCCGUGCGCUGAAUGGGGGUCUGUUAAGUCCCCAGCAGAGCGCUCCGUCUAGCGACCAGGGAAGUACAUCGGACGAUGAAAUCUUCGAAGCCAUCGCCAUUCCUAAAACGCGAGCCACCAUGUCGCGAGAAGAAAGAAUGCAAAAAAUACAGGAUGACCGGGUACGGCAAGCAUCAUUACGCGAACAGCGCGAAUCAAAUACCAACAUGUUAAGAGAGCUCGAAUCAGUCAUCAACCUACGGCCGCACAGAGCUACAGGGCAUGGUGCGCGAGUCACGAGCCUAUGA